AGUGAUGUUUGUGUUCAUGUGUGUUAGUGUGAGCGUGCUCACAUCACCGAUCACGGCUCUUCUGUACCUGGUCGGAGUGCGUGUAUAGUUAGUAUUAGUAGCAGUACUGGAAGAUGGAUGUUGACUGAGUGUUGUGACUUUAAACCUGAUCAGAAUGUGCGCUGCGUGUCAGCAGGACGUUCACUCGGCGCGGGAGAAGAAACUGCGCAGUUGCAUUUUGAUUUUUACAAUGAGCAGAAGCCAGCCACCUCCCAGAUCAAACCUUCACCAAUUCUCAGUGGACGAAAAGACAGCAUGGUUAAAAUUUGGUUGGCCGACAUGAGAGCUGUUCUGGGUCAAAAGACGUGGCAGUCAUCCUGAAUAGUGCACCUGCUUCAAAAAUGAUAAUCAGCACAAGCAAUCACAAGCUGCGCUAUUACAAAGACUGAGGCUGGUGGAGGCUUUUAACCCAGUCAAGAUGGAGGAAGCAGAAUGGAGCAGCGGUCUUACAGGUCCAGGAAGGAGUCACUCCCAUGCAGGAAGAAGACACCAUUAAUAGAUUCACUGGAGUUUUUAAGAACAAGAUCUGACCAGCCUUAUUCAACAAGGACAAGUUCACUUGCAAAGUUUUCAGAAUCUGUGGUAGAGAAAUUCUCACUGUUGCUUUGUAGCCCUUCCUCUGCUGCUGUGGAGGGCUUUAUGCACACAGCUAGUGUGGCUGGAUGCAUCACACAGUGGAGCAGUUCGGUGCACGCAGCUCACGGGACCCUUUUCCUCUAGACGGUCUCAACCGGGGACCAUGGGCUACCGUGGGCAACCGUGCCUGGCCCCCUCCCUCAAGGUGCACACCCGGUGUCGGUCAACAGCAGUUUCUGCCCCAUCUCCCACCUAGUCACAUGCCAGGACUAAACCAUCCAAGUAAAUUUAACAGUGGUCCCAUGGCACGUGGAGGGGAUAAACUGGACCUUCCUCAGGCCUUGUUACCAGGGUUACAUAGGGAUCCUAGGAUGCCCCCAGCUCAUCCUAGACCCUGGGACCCACUUCGUCAACAUUUUGAGCCACUUCCGAGUGAUGAUCAUGUCCGCUUGCACAAAGGAUACAAUGCUGGCCCACCUGCACACCUUACUGCCCGUGCCAACCAGCUUUUAAAAUAUGGUCCCCCUCCAUUACAACCUGGAUCCAGACCCAUGCCUCCACUCCAAGACAUGUGGGAACACUCCCAACAGCAGCAGCAACCGCAACAUAGGGGUCCUUACUCUCAUGCUGGCCAACUAAAGCGCUCAGCACCCCUUCUGGGAGGGCAUUCGGUGAUUCAGCACACCCCUCUUUCCUUUACCAGGCCCAAUGAGGUCUGCCCCAGUCCAAGCAAGAGAAAGAGGAGUUCAGAAUCUGAUCAGAACAUGAUCAGUACCCAUUCAUUUCCUGAGCCUGUGGGAACAUCACUAUCCCUGCUUCAACAGCCUCAGCCCCCAUAUCACCUUCCCAAACAAGGAUUCUGGAACCCUUUGCAAAAAGAGGAUGCUAACUGGAACCCAGCAGAACGCAAGGCAGACCAAGCUGUUUUUCAGGACAUGCAGAGACCAGACAUAGCUGCUUACAACUACAAACAAUCUCCAUCCUCCAAACCUUCUUCCAUCUCUCCACCUUCUGCCACCCCUGGGGGUUAUGGACAAAGCAAAGGUCCUUCUCCUCAACACCUUAGGCCUUCUCAGUCACCACAUUCUCUGGGAUCCUCCCCUCACAACAACCACCUCCAGCAACCAACUUAUACCUUUACCAGUAACAAACCUUUAGCUCAAACUCAGGGGGAGCAACCGAUCAUUCCCUCCCACAAAGUGCAUGCUUCUAGAAUGAGGCCUUCAGACAGACAGGCAUCUCAUUCUCAAUCCUUGUCAAACUCAGCAAAGAGGGAAAACCCUGCUCCCACACCAGCACACCACACCACUGUGCCUUACAGCCACCCCAGAUUCCAGCCCCACCCAGGGCUGGUCCACAGUUCCAGUUCUUUUAACAGUGGGACCCAGGCACCACAAUGCACUGAUCAGAAGCCUUAUAGGAAUCAGAACAAACAUGGACUUCAUGCUACAGAGUCGGGUCCCUAUAACCUAUUGAUGGAUUCUCAGGUGGCCACUUCCUCUCUACAGCAACAGCAGAAUAAAUCUAGGGAGAUUGAAAAUACAGGCAUUUCUCAGGCUCGGGCCCCAGUCAUCACGCCCAACAUGCCAUCUGUGCAGACUUCAGUUCCUCCUUGUUCUCUGGGUCUAUUUAGUAGUGUGGAUACUGUCUCAGCACCAUCUGCUAAUGAGUCUGGAGCUACCACUGUGAACAGCUGGAGGACUCUAGACCCUUCAGUGCUAAUAUCAAACCCUGAUCCAGUUCCACCUACACAGGGUCUCCAACACCAAGAUUAUCAGAGAGCGCAGACUCUCACCGCAGCCCAUGCCAGUGACCACCGGGAGGACAAAAUUCAGCGCCAAGCUGCCCUUCCUACCCAACAAAGUCAGGGCAGCACCCAGUAUAUUCCAAAAGUAUCCUUAGCUUCUCCCUCCCUCAGCUCAGGGUUUCAAGGAUCAGGAAAUGGUGUCAUCGCCAGCAAGGCCUCAGACAACCUUCUGCAGGCUGCUAGUUCACCUCUUCACUACUCACAUCCUACAUUGUCCAUCACUGUGAACACAGUCCCUCAGCCAAAGUCUGAUCCAUUGCAUCAUCAGACAGAGCCAGCAUUAUCUCAGGUGCCACCUGUUCAGAUGUAUAAAACACCAUGCCAGCAACCUACCAUCUCUAGUCCUGUGUCAAUUGAGGAUGCACUUAAAAAGCUUGACGCUGAGCUGCAGAACCACUUAAGAGCUGAAGAGAGAAGAGAACAGGAAGAGGAAAUUAAACAGAAUAGGAAGAGUGAUAAAGUAGGAGUAAAUGUACAUGAUGAUUCUGCAACUAAGAAUCUGAAGUGCUUGAUGUCAAAUAAUGCACUUGAUCCACCUCCUCCAUGCCUGUCUCCAGCCGUUGCACCCUCCACGGUCUUGGCCCCAAGCCAAACAUCGUCUCAUUUUCCAUGGCUGUGCCGAGGCGGUGUGGCUGCACGUCCAUUAUUGCCUGGUGCUUCUCCCCUAGAACGGUCUCACCCACCUCCUCUCACCCCCCAGACAGACUAUGCUCGUGAAAAACAGAGGCAAAGAGAGCAAUGGAACAAUGGUGCUUCACUCAGCCCCCUUUCUGAGAAUACCUCAGGGAUUACUUCACCUACAAAGUCCUUUAAACCUGUCCCAACAGACCCUUUAAUUAAAACAGGACAACCAACAACACUCUGUCAAUCUAAAGACUCUACUUUGGAAAAGCACCUUGAGUUUAAUGCAUCAGAUGCUACUCCCAACCCUUCAAACUUGCGAGAACCCCCAAAACUGUACCAGGCUUUUGUACCCAGGGACACUCUGCCAACAACUUGUGUAGCAGGCACAGAUUCACCAAAUACCCACUAUGCAUUACCCAGUGCUGGGCUAGGAAGUCUUGGCAGUAGUGGCAGUAGCUGCAGUGAGGAUUCAGAUGGUGCCCAAUUUGAAGAGGAACCAUCUGAGCUCUUACCUGAUGGCUUGGCAAACAUCAUGAAAAUGUUAGAUGAGUCCAUUAAGAAAGAAGAAGAACUCUAUUCUGCUGAAGGUAUUGUGCAAAAUGACCAAGAAAGUCAAUUUUCUAUUAAUGUAGCACCCACAAAGGGUAGCUAUCUGUGUGCCCCAGAUCUUAUGCCUGCCCUAAAGCAGCCAGCUGCAGAAGAUUAUAUAAUAGACACCCAUGCUAGCCCUCCUGUCCUUAGUCGUCAGGGCUCUUUGGCAUCCCCUUGCAGUCGUACAUCUUCACUUGAGGAAGAGGAAGAGACGCUUAAGAUCAUUCCAAAACCUGAUGAUAAUAUUGACAAUAAAUCUCAAGAUUGUGGUUUUGGCAUCACAGGUAACAGUUAUCGUCAUAGUGACCUGGCAAAACUAUAUGGACUUUCAGAUGCAGUAAAGAGUGAGUGUGAGGAAGAUGAAGAAAAUGAGGAAGAGGCAGAACAGGAAAACGAGACACCUUCAUGUUCCCCACCACCUACAAGGCCACACCUGCAUCAGACCGGAGUUAACAGCAUGUUUAAAAAUCUGGCCACUGUGCUAGAGGGCCAGAAGUAUGCUUACCGCGGAGGGCCAUUUGGUCGGCCACCUCCCUCGGCCCUGGUAGGAGUUAAGUACUCUUCCUCACUUUCUUUGGGCCCAGAUAUCUGCAACCAACAGAGCACUUCUCCUACUUCAGAUUUUAUAAAUCACCCAGGCUUUAGUAAUGCAGGGCAACCCACAACAAACACUACCUCUGAACAAUCUGAACCUUUCUCACCAUCAAGAUGGGAGUCUGAAAGAAACGAUAUGCUUUUACUGAGCCAGUUAAACCUCUCUGGACAUGAUGAGGAAGAACAGAGUAAGAAGGAGUCCAUACUUAAAGGAAAUUCUGGUAGUUUAAAGGACAAACUCACAACAAUCUCAGAAUCAUCGCUUGCAGAGUUAGGUCAUAGUUGUGAUGUCAUUCUAAACAGACACAACCCACAGUCAGAAUCAUCCACAGCAUAUAAAAAGUCUGGGAAACUGAAGAUCUGCACAUCUGAAAAAGAAAGGGAACAAUACCAUGACCCAGAGAGGAAACACAAACACGCUAGCAAAAAGCAGGAAGAACGGAAAGAGAGACGGAAAAAACACAGAGAAAAACGAGAAGAAAGAUCCCACUCUUCGUCCUCCUCCUCGUCUUCAGGCUUUAACCGAAGGCACAAGGAAGGUAAAUCACAUAGGGAGAAAUGGAGCAACAUAGAGUUUCAAAAAGAGCGAGUAGUAGAGAAAAAGAAAAAGAAAGAAGAAGGAAGUGAAAGGGAGGAAUGGGUGUCUCGAAACAAGGAGAAAAGUAUAAAGUCUGAUCAUUCAUCUUUACCUGCAAUUGGUACAGCAGACUUUCAGAAAUUAAAGGCUCUAACAGAUGGGCCUCCCAAAGAGCUAAAGAUUCGCCUGAUUAAAGUCGAAAGUGGAGAUCGAGAAACCUUUAUCGCCUCAGAAGUGGAGGAGAAAAGAAUUCCACUGGAGGAGAUUUCCAUUAAGAAUACAGCCUGUGAAAUCAUCAGAGCUUGCAAGAGUGCCCGUAUCAAAGGAAAGUUUAAGGAGUCCUAUUUGCUCCCUGCCUUCUCUGUGAAACCAGUUAUGACCAUGCCAAUUCCUCGGGAAAAGCUUAACCCUCCAACACCCAGCAUCUAUCUGGAAAGCAAGAGAGAUGCAUUGUCGCCUGUACUGCUUCAGUUCUGUACAGACCCCAAGAAUCCAAUUACUGUCAUCAGAGGACUGGCGGGCUCUCUUAGACUGAAUUUGGGUCUCUUCUCCACAAAAUCUCUGGUGGAUGCAAAUGGAGAACAUGCGGUGGAGGUGAGAACUCAGGUGCAGCAGCCAGCUGAUGAAAACUGGGAUGCCACUGGUACUGGGCAAAUCUGGCCCUGUGAAAGCAGUCGAUCACACACCACCAUAUCAAAAUAUGCCCAGUACCAGGCAUCCAGCUUUCAGGAAAGUCUACAGGACGAGAAAAUUAGUGAUGAUGAUUCUGAUGAUGAUAAGAAGGCUGUCUCUAAUUCUGAGAGUACAAGCAACUCUACUUUAGGCUGCAGCUCAGAACAAAAGUCUGUGGGAAAAAUAAUUAAAUUUGGUACCAACAUUGACCUCUCUGAUCCCAAGAGAUGGAAGUCUCAGCUACAGGAGCUGCAAAAGUUGCCAGCCUUCAUGCGUGUGUCCUCAAGUGGCAAUAUGCUCAGUCAUGUAGGUCACACCAUCCUGGGCAUGAAUUCUGUACAGCUCUACAUGAAGGUCCCUGGCAGUCGAACACCAGGUCACCAGGAAAAUAACAAUUUCUGCUCAGUAAACAUCAACAUUGGUCCUGGAGACUGUGAGUGGUUUGCUGUCCAUGACAACUACUGGGAGUCAAUUAGCAAUUUCUGUGAAAAACAUGGAGUGGACUAUUUAACUGGAUCAUGGUGGCCGGUGUUGGAGGAUCUGUACCGUUCCAACAUCCCAGUGUACCGCUUUAUCCAGAGACCUGGUGACCUCGUGUGGAUUAAUGCAGGCACUGUGCACUGGGUCCAGGCUGUGGGUUGGUGCAAUAACAUUGCGUGGAAUGUUGGACCCUUGCAUGGCUAUCAGUACCAGCUGGCUUUGGAAAGGUUUGAAUGGAAUGAAGUGAAGAAGGUGAAGUCCAUCGUUCCUAUGAUUCAUGUUUCCUGGAAUGUGGCCUGCACAGUUAAAGUUACUGACCCUGACACUUACAAGAUGAUUAAACACUGUCUUCUGCAGUCGCUGAAGCACAGUCAGAUUCUAAGAGACCAGCUAGUGGCUGCAGGAAAGAAGAUCUCAUACCAGAGCAGAGUAAAGGAUGAGCCCGCCUACUAUUGCAAUGAAUGUGAUGUGGAAGUGUUUAACCUGCUGUUUGUGACAAGUGAGAAUGGCAGUAAGAAGAUGUAUGUGGUGCACUGUGAGGACUGUGCCAGGCAACGCAAUCCCAGUCUCUCCAAUGUAGUGGUGCUAGAACAAUACAGUAUAGAGGACCUGAUGAACACUUAUGACUCCUUCAGCCUGGCCUCAAGUCACAGCUCUCAAUGAACCCAACUCUGCCAUCCAUCCCCAGCCAUAACCAAAACUCCUCCUUAACAGGAGCAAUAGUUUAUUUUAGUCAAAUGUUAAGUUUUAUUUUCCUAUAUUUGCAGUUUUAAGUAUUACUUCUGCAAAUACUAGUUGGACAACCAAUCAUAAGCCAGUUUACACAUUGUUGUUUACAUACCGAUAAGCCAGUAAGACAGCAGCCUCUGAUCGGUUUUGAGGGACUUGCAACCAAACACAGUUUUGCUGUUAAGUGUGACAGCAUCAUGUUGGCUUUGGAUUUUCUUGUUUUUGGGUUCUCUUUCUGUAUUGAUAACUAAAAUAUGUAAAUGCUGUUUAUAUUUUUCAUGAGUGCUUUUUUUUUAAAUUAAUUUAUUUUACACUAGAGCAGCCUAGAUGUAUACCACAUUGGCCUUUUGACUUGUAUUUAGUAAAGAUAUAAAUGAAUAAUACUAAUAAUAGAUAUAUGAGCAUUUUUCUAAAGCAUUAAGAAUAAAGGAAAUAACAAUUGUUUGGAAUAGUUUAAAACAUACGGGUUUAAAAACUUUUUUAAUUUAGAUACUGUCUGAGAAGAUUGUGUUAUUAAUGUCAUUUAAUUCUUUUGAAAGUAAUUCAUUGUUUUUAAUGAGAGAAUUUGAAGAUUACAUCAGGUCUUUUUUUAACUUCAUAUUUGCGAGAUUACAGUUUGUCAUCACUUUUAGUGAAAUAUGUUACCUCUAAUUUUGCUUAUGUACACAGAUUUAUUCACUUGAUUUUUUUAUUGUACAUUACUUAUUUAACUUUUCACUUCUAUUUAUUGGCUAUAAAUGUUCUUUUUUAGGAUUGUCAGAGAGUUUCAGUGGUGCUUAGCUCCUUAAACUGGCUUCAUGGGUUGUGCAUUACAUAUGUAGACACCCUGUUGGAAGACUUUAAAAGGACUACUUUGAAGACCUUCACUCUGCUUUUCUGUAGAUUGUAGAAUCCAGAACAGUUGUAGUUUGGUUUGAAAAAAAAGUAGCCUUUUGUUUUCAUAUACAAAGGGCAUUAUUUAGGUAAUGUUCACCGCAAAAUUAGAUGCAAAUGGGAAUAAAUUCAAAGCUGUUUCUAAUGUAUUUAAACAUUUAAUGGUGCUUGAGUUUUAUAUGUUAUAAAUGGGAGAAGACCGCAAUGUCAACCAUAAGGCAGAAUCUCUGAUUAUACUAAAUCUAACUGCAGUUGGUUUACAAACCAAAUAAUGAGGGUUUUUAUUUUUAUUUUGUUUGACAUGGAACUGUAAAUAUUGUGGCAUUUUGCUGGAAUGAGUGUGAAUCGAAUUAUCAAUUUGUUUGAUAAACUGUAAUUUCUUUUUAAUUUUGUCUUGAGCUUGAAUAUAAUGAAAUUGUUGGUUACGAUUAUGAUUCAGAAGGUGCUGUUCACUUUGAACUACUCUCUUUCAGUUUUGUUUCUAUAGAAAGAAAUCUAUUUUCGUGUUGCAAUAUAUCCUCUUCUUUUUGUGGUCAUUUAUUUAAAAUUCUGCACUGUUUUAGAGUUCACACAGAAAGCAAACUGAGCCAGACAUGUCUUAAACACUUUGUGGAUUUGUGUGACAUUACUAUGAUUAUUAUUAAAUGCUUUUGAUAA